UAUAACGAAAAAAGUUGGAAAGAUCCACCGGAUUUUGUAUUUGAGUCUUCUCCAAUAUUUGAAGACACAGGCGAAUUUGUUAUUGAUGAAAAUACUCAAGUGUAUCUGAACAAUCAGCUUUCUAAGUCAAAACGCAAAUUACCCAAUCUAAAUUCGACAAUAGAAGAAAAGAGUAAACAGAUUGUUGGAUUGAAAUCACUAAAAGAAGCUUAUGAAAAUAAUCCUAAACUAGGUGAUUCCGAAGCUGUAACUGAUAAUUUACACGAGGCAAUUCGAGAGGUCACCAUCUUGGAGACUUUACGAACAACCUGUCAAACAGAGGUUGAUUCCAUUAUACAAGUUAUAGGAG